GUAUAAAUGAAGCCAAGACGUGAAACAAAGUCUCUUUUAUUGAGGUGUCACUGCUGCUCUGGGGGAGUCCGAGCUACUAAGUAGCUUUUACAGGUUUCAAGCAUGGCAGCAGAACAGGCGUUUGUCACUUUGGCCACAAAUGAUAGCUAUGCAAGAGGAGCAAUGGUGCUCGGAAAAUCCCUUAGGAACCACAAGACUUCAAAAAAGCUGGUGGUGCUCAUUGGACCCCAUGUGUCCGAUCAGUCAAGGGCAGUGCUUCAUAAGAUCUAUGAUGAAGUCAGGCUAGUGGAUGUUCUGGACAGCGGGGACACGGCACAUUUGGCCAUGAUGAAGAGACCCGAUCUGGGUGUCACGUUCACCAAGCUGCACUGCUGGACUCUCACACACUACUCAAAAUGUGUGUUUAUGGAUGCAGACACGCUGGUGGUCUCCAACAUCGACGAGCUGUUCCACAGAGAGGAGUUGUCUGCAGCGCCGGACCCCGGUUGGCCUGAUUGUUUCAACUCUGGUGUGUUCGUGUUUCGCCCGUCCAACGAAACCUACGGAAGACUUCUGCAGUUCUGCACCGAGCACGGCAGCUUUGAUGGAGGAGACCAAGGAGUUCUGAACGGCUUCUUCAGCGACUGGGCAACAGCUGACAUCACCAAACACCUUCCCUUCAUCUACAACAUGAGCAGCGUAGCCAUCUACACUUACCUUCCCGCUUUCAAACAAUAUGGUGCAAAUGCAAAAGUGGUCCACUUCCUGGGACAGAUGAAGCCGUGGAGCUACACGUACGACCCCCGGCAGAGGCGAGUGCGCGGGGACGUGGCGGCGGCGGCUCACCCCGGCUUCCUCCUGGAGUGGUGGACGCUGUACAGCGCUGAGGUGGUGCCCAUGCUGAUCCGAGAGUACGGAGACCAGCCCUUCUGCUCCGGCUGUGAGGAGGAUGCUGGUGAGAGCGAGCCGGUCCAGACGCUCCUGUCCUCAGCCGAGCGCAAGCAGAGAUGGGAACAGGGCCAGGCCGACUACAUGGGAAUAGACUCUUUUGACAACAUUCAGAAAAAGCUUGAUGUUUUCCUUAAAUAAAAAGUCACAAUUUUA